AUGACUUCUACGGUGGACCCGGAUGUGCCCCAGCGCGAUGUCGAUCCACUGAAAUUCAAGAGUUGGAGGGAGAGUGAGAGUUCAGAGAUGAACGAAAAUAAAAAGCGGUUCCUCAAAGUUCUGGAUCCUGACGACCCCCUCAUGAGGAGAUUUCAAGACGCUUUGAGGAGUCAUCUGCUUCGAGUUGAGGAGAGAUUGUCUGCGGAGAUUGCUGAACUCAAUGAUCCCCGAUUGAAAACCUCGCAAUCUACAUUAAUUUCACAGCAAGCGGCGAAUAAAGAAGCGUCAAGAAAGCGCGAGGAAAAAGGAAUGGAGAUGUACGAAGCCCAGCGAGAAAUAUCUCGUCAGCAAACUUCAAUAGAAAAAUACGCGAUCUCCUUGGAAGACUUGAAGAACUCCCGAGAAGAAAAACAGCACCGACUCAAAGAGAAAAAGGAGCUGCGUAACAAAACCCGUCAAGAGGCGGAUGAGGAGCGCCGGAGAGUCGAAGAGUUAUCGAGGGAGAUGGAGAGUUUAUCCUCCCGAUGCAAACGCUUCGAGGAGUUCGAGGAGGAGGUGUCGCACCACUUGACCAUCGCGAAGAGAAUGUCCGAGAAGGAUGCGAGCGUGCAGAGAGAGCUGAUUCGCCAGAAGCAGCAGGAGGACUAUCUUCUCCUGAAGUUGAGCGAGGAGAUUUGGAAAUUGGAGAGGGAGAUUGAGGAUCUGCGGAGGCAACAGGAGGCCAAGAGCCAGGAUAAAAUAGUGGUUGGACAGACCAUUUCAGAUGCCGACGCUGAUCUUGGGGCUCUGCAGAGAGAGAGGAAGGGACUUCUGACGGCUUGGAAUCGAGUUGUGGCGAAUAUUCUGCAGAGGGAUAAGAUUACUGAGGAAUUAUCGGCGGAGAGGAGUAAAAUACGAGAGUCGUUCAAGACCCUUCAAGUUCGAAUCGAGAAGACUAAGAAAGAUACCGCGAGAGAGAUGGAGACCAACGAGAAAUUAACGGGGCUGCAGACUAGAUUGGAAGAGGACAUCAGAUGUAAUCAGUCGGCUAUGGGAAUGGAAAAGGAUAAGGCCGAUGUUUUGGAGUACAAAACACUUGACGUUGCGAAAAUGCUCGAGAAAACCGAGGCCGAUUACGACGCAGCGUCUUUCGAAUUUCAAGAACUCAAAAAUGAAGAAAGGAGUCUGGAUAAAGAGCUGGAGACACUGGGCAACGAGAAGACCGCUAUCGAGGAGGAACUUAUAACGAAAUUGAGCGAUAAAGUUACGCAUGACAAGACUGCUGUGUAUCUCAAUAAAAUCGUACGCGAAGCGAAGGAAACGGUCAAUCAAUUCGAGCUGACAAUGCUGCAAACUGAGAACCAUUAUGGGAGAAAUUUGUUGGAGUUGGAGAAAAUGAAGAAUUUUGUUGCAACUGAGAAGGAGGAUUUGGAAGAGCUGAGUAAGGGGAAUAUCCUCAAGGAGAAGGAGUUGAAUAAAUUGAAAAUGCAGAUAGAGAGGUCCGAGUUGAGCAUCGAGAAGAAACAGAAGAAAAUAGCGGAUUUGAAUAGAGAUAUUGCGGAGAUAACCAGAUCAGGCGGAGCACUAGACAUGACCACCCAGGACCUAAAGAUCGCCUCCCUCGAGAAAAGGAUCGAGGAGCUGGACUUGAAAAACCAAGAGUCCCAGAAAUACUGGUUGCGUCAAGAAGGAAACAUGGUGAAUCUCAGUCAAGAGAGAAACACGCAGCUCCAAGAGCUCAGCCGAUUGAGCAGGCAAAUAACGAUAAUGGAGCAGAAAAACCUGAAGCUGGAGUACGCACUGGAGAAGGAGAAGAAGGACGAGGAUAAAAUCGAUAGGCGAAUGAAGGAGCUCCGCCAGAGAUUGCUGAGAACCAACAGCCUCUUAGCCGAGAGAAAAGAACUGCGGAACAAUCUCCUGGAUAAAAAUUUCAUCACUCAGGAUGAAUACGUGAAAACCCUGAAGGAGGCUGAAGUUGAAUUAGUCAGGCUCCAGACUGAGAUAAAGGAGCUGAAGGAGGAGAAGGUGACGCUCGAGGAGAGACUCUGUGACGCUCAUCGCGAGUAUUUUUCUUGGGAGAAGAAAAUGAAAUUGGCUGUGGAGACGUCCAGGGUUAUCAAGGAGGAACGAAAUACUGGGGGGGAUAUUGCGAUUAUGAAGAGUGAGAUCCACAAGAUGGAGAUGAGGCUGUCCCAUCUGAGAAAGGUGCAGGAAAAAAUGAUCAGGGAUAUGGAGUACUGCAUUGCCAGGAGGGAAGUUAUCAUCGAUGGGGCUUUGGCGAGGGAGAAGAAGAAUCCGAAGGGAAUUCAUAAUAAGAGGGUGAUGAUGCAGAAGAGGAUGGACGAUCGAAGAAUGAAGAUUAAACAAGUGAUCAAAGACACUAAGACCAUGGAGAACACUCUUGGAGAUAUAAAAACAGCUCGAGCAAAGCUUCAAGCAGAAAUCGACGAGAAGCGAACGCUUCUCAAGUCUUAUCAGGACGCAAUUCCUGACAUUGAUCGACAGAUUUCUGAGGGGGAACUCUUAAAACACCAUAAACUCGAAUGUUUAGUUAGGAAGCAAAGAAAAGUGCGAAUGCUCCAAAAAGUUCGCGAUGGGCAAUACAAAAUGCUCUUCAAAUCCGAGACGGCAUUGAACGAUGAACUAGAGAAACAGAGGGCCACGAAUAUUCAGUUGUCAGAAAUAAUGGAGGAAACCAAUCGAGAUUUUCCCCACCUGAAGGAGGACAUCAGGAAAAUUAUCUUAACAAUUCAAGCCUCAUGAUUUUUGUAACACGUUUAAUUACUCAAAAUAAAUUACAAUUUAACAUAGAA